GUCUUCAAUUAGCCCAGUGAAUGCGCAUCCUAUGGAGGGGUGUGUGAAAGCGGAUGCCUUCCCCCUUCAAUAUCUUCUUAACACCCUGCAUACGAUUUGCGCCUCGCGGUGUAAUCAAGUAAUCGAAGUAAAUCCUACUGUCUCCGAGUUUGAUUGUUUCUUUUCAAAACCAUCUCUUUUACCUGGAAUUGCAAAAAGUUCAGGAUUAUCGAUCUUGGUGGUUGUCCCGAUUUGGGUUUCGGUGCCAGGGAAUCUGGCUCGUCCCGCAGCCAUUUCUCUACACACAAUCGCCACUGUGUCGCUUUUCAGCUCUGCAUCCUCUGGUAUGCCGUAUAUUCAAGUUGUUCCGUCUGGAUCUCGAUUCUAAGUCUUCCAGCUUUUCCACCAUAAUCUUCUGUUUGAUUAUUUCUUGCGUGGCGCUUUGAGCCUCGGUUCUCCAACACUAAUCUUCCUCCAACACUCAUCUUCCUCAGAGUCAUGACCGCGUCUCUCUUAUCGUUCUCCUACUUCUGCGUAUAUUUUUGAGUUUCUGAUUAAUGUUCUCCUUGAUUCUGUCAUCUCUUUUGUAUUUGUGUGGCGAUGUCCUUAAAGAUACUCAAGUCUGUUUUAAUUUCUCUUUUCAUGUCUUGGGAUUGCUCGUGCUGUCCAGGUUAGCUUGUGGUUUAGCCAUCGCUGUGCUAGCUUCAGCCGUUAGCUUGUUCUCCUUAUUAUUACUAUGCUUUCUUAAUCCUUGUCUUGGUUGAUCCUCCGCUCGUUGUCAACGAUUUAAUGUGUUUUAAUUUUCGAGUUUUGGCGGAGUUUAUCGGUUGGCAUAAGGAGCCCACUUUUCAAGCAGCCAUGCUGCCUCGCCGUCCACCGGAAGUCCGGCUGCUGGAGUUUUAAACGUUAAUUGUGCGAUACGCGGCCUCCGGGUUUCUGUCUGCGGACGGCGAGUGUCCAGAUAAACUGCGAGCACCACACAAUCCGUCGUGAGUUCUCUAUUCAUCACUAACGUGAAGUUUGAAUCAUUUCCUGAUGACUUCCUGUGACUCGUUAACGAGUCUCUGCUGAAGCUACCUACUGUUAGCUCGUUAGCAUGGCGUCCAGUCAGCUGUGAACGCUAUUAUUGUUUGACUGUUCAGCUCCUCGCAGUGAGUUACACACGUGUUUUCUUUCAGGCUGGAGGAGACAAAGAUACACAGCCGGGCCGCCUCGCAGCCGCUCAGAUUGUCGAUGGGCGGUGGUCAGGGCCCCCCCUCCCCCCUCAAGUCCUCCAAAUUCCCAUCCUCUGCUUCUGCUGCCGCCAAGAGGAUCGGGAGAAGUCCGGCGUCAACAGCGUCCAACAUCAGGAGCUCUCGGUUGGCGAGCUCUCUCAGCGAUCUUUACGUCGACGUAGAGGACGCCUCGCCCCCCCCCCCGUCCGCCGUGUCUCUCAGCUCCUCCCCCUCCCACAUGGCCCCGCCCCCUCUGUGUCGCUAUGGUAACGGCCCUCGUAGCACGCAGCACGAGGUAAACAACAAUGGCGGCGGUCCGUACGCCGACUCUGUGGCGCCCAGCGGCAGGAUUCAGGACCUGAGCCCCUACAGGGUCUCCUACAGUGCUCUGAGGGGCCGGUCAGGGACGCUACUUGAGCGCGAUCCAUACCUUCUCUUCAGUCUGAGUACAUCCAGUACUAGAACUACAGAUCUCACCUGAGGACUCAUUACCCACAAUCCCCUCAGUGUGUGGGGGACGCUCAAAGGGAAUAAAGCAGCUUGGUGACUGAAUAGACUCUGAAAGCAGCUGCUCGUACUGUAUGCUAAUGAGCGGUAUGUUAAUGAGCAACAUGCUAAUGAGCGGUAUGUUAAUGAGCAACAUGCUAAUGAGCGGUAUGUUAAUGAGCAACAUGCUAAUGAGCGGUAUGUAAAUAUGAUGUAAUCUACACGCGUGUGUUUGGCUGAAGAAGAUGUAUUUAGAUAAAGACAGAUUUUAUAUUUCUUAUUUGUGACAGAAGAUAUUUUUGUUUCUUUUGAUAAACAAAGGAUCAGCUGACGUCUCUCCGUCGUCAUGGUUACAGUGUUUACUUCAUGUCUCCGACCAGUGAUUGUUCGGUUUUAUUCUUUUAUAAUCAACAGCAAUAAUAACAGUAGAAGAAGAGAAAGGGACCCAAAAAGUGUGUGUGUGUGUGUGUGUGUGUGUGUGUGUGUGUGUUAAAUGAUUAUUUCUACAUUAAUGGUUUUGUCUAUAAAAUAAUGUCUCAGAGUCCUGAUGUCUUUAAAUGUUCUGUCACUUUAAUAUAAAACAAGGUUUGAGGCUCACUUUUAAUCAGAAUCGAUUAUUCUCUGUCUCUUUAACGAAACUGAUGAGAAACACUUUUAACUUUAAAGUGAAUGUUUCAUAAAGCUGCAGCUUCUUCAGUUCAAUAAUGACCCUCAAGUUACCGUGACGACGGAUAUCAUUCGUUUAACAAUUUAAAAUAAACCACUUAACAAAUGAAUCCCUGAAUGUUCAUGUUACGUACUAUAUCACCCGCAUCUUAUUAAAUAAAUAUAUAAUAUUCAGUAUGAAUGAGUAACUUAAAGGAGUUAAAAUGAAUAUUUGUAUAAAAUGUUUUUGAUCAUGUGACGCCAGCGGAUUGAGAAUAUUUAGAUUCCUGUUUGUGUCGUCAGCUGAUUGGCCGUCUGGAGACAAAGUUCUUAAAGCUCUGAUUGGCUGAAAGGGUCACGUGACUCGAGAUCCUUUAAGACGUUCAGGAGGAAACAGACUUUUUCAAAAUAAAAGCUCCAGGGACCAACAUGAAACGUUUUAUUCCUGAAAGGGAACUGUGUGUUUAUCAGCUGAUCUGUGUUAUUAAUAUUUAUAUUUAAGGUUUCAACAUGUUAAAACUUUAUUUUCAUACACCGCAGCAGAGGGCUUUUAUUUUGAAAUGUACCCGUCCUGACUGAUGAAGAUGUUUAACUUUAUUUUGCCGAUCUUGUAUUUUAUUUGAAUGUUUAAGUAUUUUAUUAAAGGGAAAUGUUAGAAAAUAACUUGUAGAUUUUACAGAAAAUAAACUAAUUAUUCUUCUGA